AUGCCGUCCUGGCAGGAUCUCCCAACUGUCAGGUCUGACGAUGAUACUGACCAGGAUGUCAACGCCGUUGACAACCGUGCACAGUUUCCGAUUGAAACUUUUGGACCCGACAAUACUGGUGGUAUAUCCAACGAUUUGACAGUCUUUUCUGCACAUGUUGACUUUGACCUCGAUGCCACUCAUUUGGAAUUUCUCGGACCUGAGUUUGUGGUGGUCGAGAUGCCAGAUUAUCCACCACAUCAGGACGGCCGAUACUACUGCCGAGACGCAGAGUGUGAUCCACGGCCUAGCUUUACGACAGGUUCCGCCUUGAAGUACUACGACCCCUACUCCCCAAUGUAA